AUGAUUCAAGAAGUUAUCUACGUUGAACAGACAUUCUAUGCUGUGGGUUACUUCAAUGAACUUCUAUCUUUUGACGUUACUUCUCAGUCGUAUUCAAAAAUACAUGUGAUUGUUCCUGAAGAUAAACCCAUUAUUGGGCAAGUCAAGAGAUAUAUAUUUGAAGGGGAAGGGAAAAAAUUGUUCAUGGUUCAAAGAUACACGGACUAUGUAGAAGUUGAAGAAGGUUUUCACGACCGGGUGACGAAGAAAUUUAGAGUGUUCGAAUUGAAUUCAGCUAAGGGUGAGUGGGUUGAGAAAAACUCAUUGGGUGAUAUUGCUGUUUUUGUAGGGGAUAACUCUUCUAUAUCUGUGCUGCCUUCAAAUCUUUCAGGAUGUCAGUCGGAUUGCAUAUACUUUAAUCAUGAUCGUGAUCAUGUAGCGUGCUUAUUGCCGCCUCAUGAUUUUGGUGCUUAUAACGUGCCAGAGAAAAGCUUCCUACAAGCUUACCCUGCUCAUGUCGAUAAACUCAUGAAGAGGAGCUUGCAACUGCCAAUUUGGGUCAUUCCAACUUUGUAUUUUGAGUUGUAG